AUGCCACGUUUGCUUCAUGGGACACUUUAUGCAACAAUUUAUGAAAUUGAUAAGAUAAACAGUGGAUGUGGAAUCGGCUUACUGUGGACGAUUUCUGGAUCCAAAAUCUAUGCAACAGUUGAUCUAGACAAGGCUCGGGUGGCGCGAACUCGAAUGGUUAACAAUCCCCGCAAUCCAAUAUGGAAGGAAGAUUUUCAUAUCUACAGUGCUCAUAACAUCUCACAUAUUAUCUUCACUGUCAAAGCUAAUGAUCCUAUUGGUGCAACCCUCAUAGGAAGAGCUUAUGUACCUGUUGAAGAUAUCAUUAAGGGCUAUGUGGUGGACAGAUGGGUUGAGAUACUAGACGAAGAACACAAUCCCAUCCAUGGAAACUCUAGAAUUCAUGUCAAGUUGCAAUUCUCAAGUGUUAUAGAAGAUGCUCAUUGGUCUCAGGGCCUCAGAAGUCCCAACUAUGAGGGUGUUCCUUGGACCUUUUUCAAUCAAAGACAGGGUUGCAAGGUUACUCUCUACCAAGAUUCACAUGUGGAGGAUGAUUUUCAUCCUGGGAUUCUUAUGGCCAAUGGCAAAAUCCACGAGCCACAAAGAUGUUGGGAGGACAUAUUUGAUGCAAUCACUAAUGCAAAGCACUUGAUCUACAUAACUGGCUGGUCUGUCUACACUGAAAUAAACUUGGUGAGGGAUCCACAAAGGCGAAAACCAGGAGAUGAGCUCACACUAGGACAGCUUCUCAAGAAAAAGGCUGAUGAGGGUGUUCUAGUUCUCUUGCUUGUUUGGGAUGACAGAACUUCUAUUCCUGAAUAUAAGAAGGAUGGUCUGAUGACAACACAUGAUCAAGAAACUGAGGAGUACUUUCGAAACACAAAAGUUCGUUGCUUCCUUUGCCCUCGGAACCCUGAUAUUGGAAGAAGCUUUAUUCAAGGUUUUGAGACUUCUACAAUGUUCACUCACCAUCAAAAAACAGUUGUGGUUGACAGUGAGAUGGUUGGUGGAGAUCCCUCGCAAAAAAGGAGGAUUCUGAGCUUCGUAGGAGGCAUUGAUCUUUGUGAUGGAAGAUAUGACAUUCAGAAACACCCCCUAUUUUCAACUCUAGGCACAACUCACCAGAAGGACUUCCAUCAGCCCAACUUUCCAGGCGCUUCAAUCCGAAAAGGCGGUCCAAGAGAGCCAUGGCAUGACAUCCAUUGCAAACUUGAAGGACCUGUUGCUUGGGAUGUCUUGUACAACUUUGAGCAGAGGUGGAAAAAGCAAGUUGGUGACAAGUUCUUAAUUUCUCUAAGCAAGCUUGAGCAAAUCACAGUCCACCCUUUACAAAACAUGUAUUCAAAUGACAGCGAAGCAUGGAAUGUUCAGCUGUUUCGUUCCAUCGACAAUGGAGCUGCUUUAGGAUUUCCUGAAAAACCACUUGAAGCAACACAAAGGGGACUUGUCAGUGGGAAGAAUAACAUCAUAGAUAGAAGCAUCCAGGAUGCAUAUAUCCACGCCAUUCGCAGAGCGAAGAAUUUCAUUUACAUAGAGAAUCAGUACUUCCUUGGAAGCUCAUUUGGGUGGAGAUCGAAAGACAUCAACGAUGCGGAUAUCAAUGCUUUGCAUCUUAUCCCAAAAGAGCUGUCACUGAAGAUUGUUAGUAAAAUUGAAGCAGGGGAGAGGUUUGCUGUCUACAUUGUUCUCCCAAUGUGGCCAGAAGGUAUACCUGAGAGUGGUUCGGUUCAGGCUAUCUUAGAUUGGCAAAAAAGGACAUUGGAGAUGAUGUACACUGAUAUCUCUGAGGCCAUUCAGAGAAAGGGUUUGAAUGCAAACCCUAGAGACUAUCUUACAUUCUUCUGCCUUGGGAACAUGGAGAGCUUGAACGAUGGAGAAUAUGUACCUCCAGAGUCUCCAGAGCCAGACACUGAUUACAUCAGAGCUCAGAACGCCCGGCGCUUCAUGAUUUAUGUGCACUCAAAAAUGAUGAUAGUUGAUGAUGAAUACAUUAUCAUUGGAUCUGCCAACAUAAACCAAAGGUCAAUGGAUGGAUCAAGGGACUCCGAAAUUGCUAUGGGAGCAUUUCAGACUAAUCAUCUGGCUAAUUCCACAGAUUCAGCAAGGGGAGAGAUAUAUGCUUUCAGGGUGUCACUAUGGUAUGAACACUUUAAAGAGCUACACGAUUCAUUCUUGCAUCCAGAAUCAACGGAAUGCAUUCGGAUAGUGAAUGAACUUGCUCAAAGAAACUGGGAUCUUUUCUCAAGUGACACUCUUCAUGGUGAUCUUCCAGGUCACCUUCUUCGAUAUCCUUUUGAGGUAAGCAAGACUGGAGUUCUAACAACACUGCCAGGGUUUGAACAUUUCCCAGACACCAAGGCUAAAGUACUUGGCACCAAAUCUGAGUACCUUCUUCCAAUCCUCACCACCUAG